GUUGUCAAACAGUAAAGUUUCACUGGAGCCUCCAUGCAAACUGUCAGCUGAAGAAAAACUGGGAAACCCUUUGGACCUUGCUGAAAUGGGGGCAGCAGAUUAAUAAACACAACACUGGGGUGAGAACAAUAUCCAGUGGUCAGCAUUUGCACCAAGGACUCGACACGUCCGCCUUGAAAUCGAAGACAACACAGGGGAAUUACAAGAGAAACGCAGGAGUCAAGGUAGAGCAUCAGUGACGAUAGUUGGAACCUGAAAACGCCACAUUUGUGACGACAAAGACCGCCUGCAACCUGCCGCCUUCGAGGUGCCUUUACCAUGGUGACACUAAAGGACUCAUACACGUUACAAUAAAGCCAGAGGAAAAACUCCUUGUUACCGUUUGCAUCGCCUCACCCUCGACCCCUUUCCCCCCCCCCACGCUGACCCGGAGCAGCCAUGCAUCUCGAGGUGAAGGUCGCCCUGAACUUCAUUGUGUCCUACCUCUACAACAAGCUGCCUCGGCGCCGUGCCGAUCUGUUUGGCGAGGAGCUGGAGAGGAUACUGAUUUCUCGGUUCGAGGGUCACUGGUACCCCGAAGCCCCUCUCAGAGGUUCUGCCUUUCGCUGCAUUCACCUGGGAGCUCCGAGGGACCCCGUGGUGGAGUUAGCCGCCAAGAGGAGCGGCUUGGACACGGAGGAAGUUCGUGCAAACGUUCCUGCAGAGCUCAGCGUGUGGAUCGACCCGUACGAGGUUUCCUACCAGAUCGGAGAGAAGGGGGCGGUGAAGGUCCUCUACCUGGAAGAGACUCCUGGACUCGGGUGUGACGGAGAGAUGCCGGAGGGGCCCACCAGAGAGGGAGACUCAGAGGCGGAGGAGGCCAAGAGUUUGGGGUUCAACCCGGACGCUCAGGUGUUCGUUCCGAUCGGCAGCCAGGCGUCGCCCGCCCUCAUGCCCUCUCUCUCCAGCUCCCCCACCCCGAUGUCCACCGCCCUCUUCAGCUACCCGAGCUCCAGCACGCCCCCCGACCCCUCUGCCCACUCCUCCAACACCUCCACCCCCUCCCCCCCCAGCGGCGGCCUGCCCUACCUCUCCGCUCAGCAGCAGCCGCCGCCCUCCUCCAUCCCCACCGCCCGCCCCCAGCCCAUCACCUUCACCACCGCCAGCUUCGCCGCCACCAAAUUUGGCUCGACCAAGAUGAAGAAGUGCAGCGGUGCCGGGUCAACAACUGGCUCCAAUGUCUCCAUCCUCCCCCCUGCUCAGAGGAUGCUCACCCACUCCCCCACCGCCAUCUUGGCUCCGGACCUGCUGAAGCACAAGCCUCUCUCUCUGUCCUUGCACUCCCUCGGAGGCGCUCCCAUCGCCAGCCAGCUCUCCCCCAACGCCAAAGAGUUCGUGUACCCAGGAUCGCCGGGCGCCCUUUACUUCGAUGCUGACUCCCAGCCCAUGCAGCCUCACGUCAGCCCGUUCCAGCCGCCACACUCCCAUCCGACCUUUGACCCCUUCUCUAGCCCUCCUCCGCCCCCCAGCGUUGGCAUCAUCGGCAGCAGCGGGGGAAUCCCCUACAUGGAGAAGCCCCCGUUUGUGGAGGGUCUAGGAAGCUACAACCUGCAAUACCCCAGCCAGUCCUUCCAGCCGGUGGUGCUGGCCAACUAAAGCCUUCAUUUGUAACGAAAAAGAAAUGUUGUCCCGAGGUGGGUCUGAAAAAUGACGCUCCAGAUAUUUUUUUUCUAACAAAUUGUUCCGAUACUAAUACGCGUUGAGAAUUAGUUUUACUACGAGGAUUUAAAAAGUACCACGUCCACUGAAUAAUGAAAUGUAGUUUGUUACCUCCAAUCCCCGCCCUAUCUUUUCAUUCGUUGCUUUCGUCCGUUUGCUUUGAUGACAGGAGUGGGUGGGGAGGGGUGGGUUCCUUUCUACGUUUGAGUCGUUGCCAAUCGCUUUUAUGUUUAUUCCUUUGCAUUGAAUGUUAACGUUAAGGACUUGUUUUUGUUUUGUGGUUUAAUGGACCCGGCUCUAGUGUAGCUCCACUUUUGCACUGCACUGUCAUGCUGUGAAAGAAGCUCUUCGCCAAGUCCUGCAGGGAACGACGGCUGUGGAAAGCUCAGCACUUUGCUCUGCAAUCUGCUCUGCCCUACUUGCCACAAAUACAGAGAAGGGGGGGGUCUGCUGUGUGUGCGUGCGUGUGUGUGUGUGUGUGUGUGUGUGGCGCUGCUCUGUUUUGUUGUGGCUCAGCGUGAUGGAGAGACCCAUUGUUUGUACGAUUGUGGGCCCUCUCCACUAGCAGUUUGUCGUCAGCUGGGAUGUGUGUACAUGACACGGGUUUAAAUGAAGCGAGAGCAGUGGAGUGAGCAGAAAGGCAGCUUGGGGGAGUAAAGGAGCGAUGUAGGGGAAUGUAUUGCAUCUGUCAGGGGGGAUACUGCAGCUAGGAAGGUCAGGGAAACCUUGGUGGAGAAACGGGUUUGCAUUUUAAGACUUUAACCGAGCGUUGAUGCCUCAAUUUAACACACUGGGAUGUAAAUGAUGCUUUCAUACGUGCACACACGCAGGCGGUCGUGUGAGAAGGUGAAGAAGAAUGCAGCAGGCAUUGUGAUAAAUGGCUUAGCAUGACUUUGAGGGAGAGCUUUUCCUCUGCACGAAGAAGGAAGUGAAAGGGAGAGCAGCAGCUAGAGGCUUCUUUCGCCUCGGUGUUAUCCAGGCUGUGGAGAGAUUUAAAACCCAGAACACGUUUGCCGUGAGCUUAAAUGGUAUUGAAGCCAACCAUUCUCUCCCUCCUCUUGAAAUUCUCCUCUUCUCCUCUGGUUGCUGACAAAAGAUUCAUACAGAUGAGUGAUCCUCAAUCGGUCUGCUGCUUUUAUUGGUUAGAUUUUAAGUCUGCUGCACGUCUCUAACAAUGGUUUGUUUACCAGCCGGGUCCAUGUGAUUGUUGGUGAGUCUCUGCAGGGAGGGGUAGCUCUCAGAUGAGCAGCACUUUAUUUCUGAGGCGCUACAUCGUUCCUUUAGCCUCCAUGAAAUGCUUUAGAGAUUCAAACAGUGCAGAUGCAAGAUUGAGGAGAUGCUGUUUAUUUGAAUGUUUCCAGAAACCUAUUAAUGAGGACCCUUGACUCUGGGUUUGCAACGUGACAUCUUGUCAUAUGCAUGGAAGAUUUUAUUUCUUUGUUUUUGUUUCAAGGGGAUGGGUGGGGAGGUCUGUAAAUGUCAUUAUGAUUGUGAGGGGAAAGAUGCAUUUAUAUUGUUUUGUAAUUUAUUUCUAUAUAUUUUUGUUUUUUUCUGCAAAAAUGAUCACUGACAUUUGUACGAGUAAAGACAUGACAAGUCCAGGAAAUAUGUAUAUAUACAAAGUUCUUACGUUCAGAUUUAUUUGUUUAGUUUCUUACAUGCCGAGGUUAUUUUUUCAGAAAAUAACGUGAAUAUAUGCAAACCGAGACAAAAAUAAAGAUGUACAGAAUAAAGUAUUGAAUGUGUAUUGUACCUUGUACCUUUUUGGCAUUUGUCUAAUAAGACGGGUAAAUGUAUUCAUUCUUCAAGUCGGAUUUGAAGUUUAAGAUGUGAAUGUUUACAAAGGGUUUGUGUAGGAAAGAUGGCUGAUUUCACUUUUGUUCCGUGCUCCCAGGGCAGUCUCACAACACUACUCCCCAUUGGCAGUGCAUUGAAACCAAAAAUUACACAUUUCAGAUUUGUUAUUGUCCAUUUCCCUUUUUUUUCUUCUAUUGUCAAUUCCCUACGUAUUUAGUUACCCUGCUUGUCUUUUAUCCUUCGAGCUAAAAGUACCAUUCAUUUUUCCCCACUUUAUUUAAACACAUUUUCACUACCCCCAAUAGGCAAUGCAUUUAGACAAACGAUCCACAUUUCGGAGUUAUUCUUAAGUGAAAUGUCCAUUUAUUUUGGUGAAUCCCCUACAUAUUUAUUACAUUCCCUACAAGUUACUUAUCUUUUUUCCUACUUUAGUUAAUAAUCACGUCUACUCUACUUCCCAUAGAAAUGUAUUUAAACAAAACAAUUUACAUUUCAGAUAUAUUCAAGGCCAAGUCCUUCCCUCUUUUCCUUUUUUUUGUUGUAAAUUCAAUACUUAUUUAGGAUCACAAUUCAUUUUGUGAGAUUUCCUACAUUUAGUUUUUGUUUUACUCCCAUCCAACCAACACUACUCUCUAACACUCCUUGACUUCUUUUGUUUGCUACGAAAGCACCUAACCCAGAUAAAUCAUAUUUACUAGAACAAAACGCCCCCUUAUAUUAUAUAUCCCAUCACAUUUCACUUUGUCUCACUUCAUCUUUUUCCCUUUCUCCCCAGGUCCUUUGGUCCUGGUACUAUAGCCAUAUCCCAGACUGUCUUUGCUUACACAGACGCUCGCUCUUCUCCAGUGCAAUGUAAUGCCAUAGUUUAAAUUACCCUGAAGGAUUUAAGGGGUUUCUACCUCUCUGCACCCGGGAAAAAAAAUACAAAAAUCAGUAUAUCGUCUCAAUGAGAAGACAGUGUUACGGAAAGGAUGAAGGAAAUGAAUGUGCUGUGAAUGUGAUCUGUUUAUUAGGCUACACCCUGGUUGAGAUGGCCUGCGGAUAAUAAAUAAGGGAAACAGAAUUGUUUUGUGUUUAAACAUGACAGUCACAUGCAUGUCCAAAAUGACUAAGUGACCAUUUUUUUUUCAUAUUUGUGAGAUUAUUCUUAGCAAACGAGGUGUUGUUAAAUUUCGUCUGUAUACAAAUCGGGCUCCUCUGAGGAUGUGACGAUGACUGUAAAAGAGUAAAUGCUGGUUUGUGUUUUUUCACGCUUUUCUAAACGCACUCCAAACGCAGGCCAUUCAACAAUCAGGGUUGAACGUUAUUAAGGAGGAAAAACAAGAAUUUUGUAUUCUGAUGUCCGUUUGCUUAUAUCGAUGUGUGCGUUUUAUUUUGCACUUUGGAAUAUUGCAUUGUCAUAAAAGAAGUUUAUUUUCUAUGUAAAAAAUGUAACAUUUAAGAGUACAAAUAAAUAUAAUUAAAAGUUCAGAUGUAUAAAUAUAGUGCUUUCUUUCCUGCCUGUAUUUUAUUAUUUUUGUUCCUAUUUUGUAUCUGAUCUGUACACCCUGUAUGUAAUGAAUCUUUCACUACUGAAAUGCAAUGACCUGUUUUCUGUGCUGCCCCACCCCCGGGAAUGGGGAGUUACUACUGCAGUUUCUUAUUGUAUCAGAUUCUUUUUUAAGUUUGUAAUAAAAUAAACAGAUUGGCAAAAAAA